AGGAGCGCAGCCCAAAUGAGGAGCCUGAAUAAGAUGAGAGGGACGAGCCAGACAACAGUUUUCAGUGAGGACCUACAUUCCAGCUUAUACUUUGUCAAUGCAUCUUUGCAAGAGGUAGUAUUUGCCAGCACCACAGGGACCUCUGUGCCCUGUCCUGCUGGUGGCGCGCCCCCUGCCUCGCUACGCUGGUAUCUGGCGACCGGCGAGGAGAUCUACGAUGUCCCCGGCAUCCGCCACGUCCACCCCAAUGGAACCCUCCAGAUCUUCAACUUCCUGCCAUCCAGCUUCAGCAAGCUGAUCCACGACAACACGUACUACUGCACUGCCGAGAACCCCUCCGGCAAGAUCAGGAGUCAGGAUGUCCACAUCAAAGCUGUAUCACGGGAACCCUACACAGUCCGAGUGGCCGACCAGAAGGCCAUGAGAGGCAGUGUAGCCGUCUUCAAGUGCAUUAUCCCUGCUUCUGUUGAGGCCUACGUCAAUGUUGUAUCAUGGGAGAAAGACACCGUUUCACUCAACUCAGGGCAAAGAUAUCUCAUCACAUCCACAGGAGCCUUGUAUAUUCUGGACGUCCUGCCUGAGGAUGGGCUGAAUAACUACCGCUGCACGACCCGCCACCGCUACACCGGCGAGACGCGCCAGAGCAACAGCGCCCGUCUCAUCGUGUCAGACCCCACCAAUGCUGAGCCGGGCAUCCUGGAUGGCUUUGACCACAGAGAGGUGACGAUCAAUCACCGGGUGGAGCUGCCCUGUAAGGCCUCAGGGUACCCAACGCCCAAAUACCGCUGGCUGAAGGACAACAGCCCUCUGGAGCCCGACAACCGCUUCAGACAGACCAUCACCGGGCUGCUGAUCGAGAGCACGCAGCCUAGUGACUCCGGGACGUACGUCUGUGAAGUGUGGAACAGCUACGGCAACGCUGAGGUCAUGGGGCGCCUGUACAUCAAACAGCCCCUGAAGGCGGUGGUCAGCCCCCGGAAGGUGAAAGGCAGCGUGGGUAGCAAGGUGUCUCUGUCCUGCAGCGUGAGCGGAUCAGACGAGUACGAGCUGUCGUGGUACCGCAACGGGGAGAUCAUCUACCCCGGCAACAACGUGCGCUUCACCGGGCUCAACCGGGAGAGCCUCAUCAUGGAGGGCAUGUCCAAGAGCGACGGGGGGGCGUACCAGUGCUUCGCCAGGAAAGGCAAGAUGUCUGCACAGGACUUCGUGCAAGUCAUCCUCGAAGAUGGUACUCCAAAGAUCCUGGCCUCGUUCAGCGAGAAGGUGGUGAACCCCAACGAGCCCGUCUUCCUGGUCUGCAACGUGAAGGGCACGCCUCCCCCCCGCUGCACCUGGUCUCUGGACGACGACCCCGUCAUCAAGGACUCCCACCACCACCUGGGCCACUACGAGACCCACGAGGGCCACGUGGUCAGCCAGCUGAACGUCACGCACACCCAGGUGCAGGACGGGGGGGUGUACCGGUGCACGUGCAGCAACUCGGCCGGGCUCGUGUACCACCAGGCUCGAAUAAACGUAAGAGGCCGAGCCAACAUCCGCCCGAUGAAAAACAUCACGGCGAUCGCUGGACGAGACGCGUUCAUUCACUGCCGUGUGAUUGGCUACCCUUACUACUCUAUAAAGUGGUACAAGAACUCUGCACUGCUGCCGUUCAACCACCGGCAGCGAGCGUUCGAGAACAACGGCACGCUGAAGCUGACCAACGUGCAGCAAGUGGACGCCGGCGAGUACAACUGCAAAGUGAUGGUCCAACCCAACAAGAUGGACUCCCAGAGCGUGCACCUGUGCGUCAGAGUCCCUCCCUACAUCCAGCCCUUUGAGUUCCAGCGCUUCACCAUCGGGCAGCGCGUCUUCAUCCCCUGCGUGGUCAUGUCGGGCGACCGCCCUCUGGACAUCACCUGGCAGAAGGACGGGCGUCCCAUCCCCAUCAGCUUGGGCGUAACCGUGGACAACAUCGACUUCACCAGCUCGCUGCGCAUCUCCAACCUGACGCCCGACCACAACGGCAACUACACCUGCGUCGCCCGCAACGAGGCGGCUGCCGUGGAGCACCAGAGUCAGCUCAUUGUGAGAGUUCCCCCUCAGUUUGUGGUGCAGCCUGAGGAUCAGGACGGGAUCUACGGGAAGACUGUGACUCUGAACUGCUCGGCUGAAGGAUACCCUCCACCCACCAUCGUAUGGGAACACUCCAAAGGUGCGGGUGUCCCUCAGUUCCAGCCCAUCCCUCUGAACAGCGGCUCUCGAGUGACGCUGCUGAGCAACGGCUCUCUGCUGAUCAAACACGUGCUGGAGGACGACAGCGGCUUCUACCUGUGUAAGGUCAGCAACGACGUGGGAGCUGAUGUCAGCAAGUCCAUGUACCUCACCGUCAAAAUCCCGGCCAUGAUCACCUCCUACCCGAACACCACCCUGGCGACGCGGGGCGAGGAGAAGAAGAUGAGCUGCAUCGCUCACGGGGAGAAACCCAUCAUGGUGCGCUGGGAGAAAGAAGAGCGCAUCAUCAACCCGGAGACCAGCCGAUACGUGGUCACCGUCAAGGAGGUGGCCGACGAGGUCGUCUCCACGCUGGUGAUUAUGCCAACUGUUCGUGGGGACUCAGGUUUCUUCUCCUGUCACGCCAUCAACUCUUUCGGGGAGGACCGAGGCAUCAUACAGCUGACAGUGCAAGAAGCCCCCGACCCUCCGGAGGUGGAGAUCCGGGAGGUGAAGGACCGGACCAUCGCUCUGCGCUGGACCAUGGGCUUCGAUGGGAACAGCCCCAUCACAGGAUAUGAUAUCGAAUGCAAGAACAAAUCAGCGUCAUGGCUAUCAGCCCAGGUUACCAAAGAUGUUUCCCCUCAGCUCAACCAGGCCACAAUCAUCGACCUCCACCCUUCGUCCACCUACAACAUCCGCAUGGUCGCCAAGAACAUCAUCGGCAACAGUAACCCCAGCAACGAGCUCACCAUCACCACUGAUGAAGCAGCUCCCGACGGCCCCCCACAGGAUGUCCUUCUGGAGCCCACCUCCCCACAGAGCAUCAAAGUUUCCUGGAAGCCUCCACAGAAGCACCUUCAGAACGGGGUGAUCCGCGGCUACCAGGUGGGCUACAGGGAGUACAGCCCGGGGGGAAGCCACCAGUUCACCAUCCUCAGCCUGGACACCAGCGGAGACACCAUGGAGAGCAUCAUGCUGGACAACCUGAAGAAGUUCACUCAGUACAGCGUGGUGGUGCAGGCGGCCAACAGAGCGGGCACCGGGCCGUCCUCUCAGCAGGUCGUCGUCAAAACCCUGGAGGACGUUCCCUCUCGCUCCCCUGAAAACGUCCUGGCUGUGGCGAAGGCCCCCGAGGUGAUCUCUCUCUCCUGGAUGCCUCUAUCCAGAGACGAUCUCAACGGGAACCUGCAGGGAUACAGAGUCAUCUACUGGGCCAACCUGCCCGACGGAGAGCUUGGGGAGAUCAGGAAUGUGACGACCAAUCAGCCGUCUCUGGAGCUGGACGGGUUGGAGAAGUACACCAACUACAGCAUCCAGGUGUUAGCCUUCACCAACGCCGGAGACGGAGUCCGCAGCGAACAGAUCUACGUCCGCACCAAAGAGGAUGUUCCCGGUCCUCCAGCGGGGGUGAAGGCCGCGGCCGCCAGCGGCUCCGUGGUGUUUGUCUCCUGGCUGCCUCCGCUCAAACUCAACGGCAUCAUCAGGAAAUACAUCGUCUUCUGCUCCAACCUGCAUCCUAUGGUGAUGAGUGAGUUUGAGGCGUCUCCAGAUGCAUAUUUCUACAGGAUCCCCAAUCUGGCUCGAAACAGACAGUACAGUAUCUGGGUGGUGGCGGUGACGGCUGCUGGUCAUGGCAACAACAGUGACAAGAUCACCGUGGAGCCUCUGGCCAAAGCUCCAGCCAGGAUUCUGACCUUCAACGGGACAGUGACCACUCCCUGGAUGAAGGACAUUGUUUUACCGUGCAAGGCUGUUGGAGACCCUCCUCCCACCAUCAAGUGGAUCAAGGGGAACACUAACGGCACUCCCACACUCGUCCUUGUGGAUGGUCGCCGUAGUGUCCAUGGCAACGGCAGCUUCAUCAUCCGCACGGUGAAAGCAGAGGAUUCUGGGAACUACAGCUGCGUUGCCAGCAACAACUGGGGAUCCGACGAGAUCACACUCAACCUGCAGGUCCAAGUGCCUCCUGACCAGCCACGCCUCACUGUUACCAAGACAACCACCACAUCAAUCACGUUGUCAUGGAUACCUGGAGACAACGGAGGAAGCUCCAUCAGAGGCUACAUCCUGCAGUACUCAGAGGACAACAGCGAGCAGUGGGGCAGUUUUCCCAUCAGCCCCAGCGAGCGCUCGUACCGCCUGGAGAACCUGAAGUGCGGCACCUGGUAUAAAUUCACCCUGACGGCCCAGAAUGCAGUGGGGCCGGGGCACAUCAGUGAGAUCAUUGAAGCAAAGACCCAUGGGAAAGAGCCGCAGUUUGCCAAAGAUCAUGAACUCUUCACCAGCAUUAACUCCACCCGGGCCCGGCUCAAUCUGGUGGGCUGGAACAACGGCGGCUGUCCGAUCACCUCCUUCAUCCUGGAGUACCGCGCCGUGGACCUGGCCACCUGGACCACGGCGCAGCGCACCUCGCUCACCAAGAGCUACGUCCUGUACGACCUGCAGGAGGCCACCUGGUACGAGCUGCAGAUGAAGGUCACCAACAGCGCCGGCUCAGCGGAAAAGAGGAUCACCUUUGCUACUCUCAACGCUGAUGGGAGUACCAUCCCCCCCCUGCUGAAAACAGGAGACCCCAUCUCAGACAACAUGUCGGGCAGCGGCAGUCUGAAGAUGGUGGUCACCCUCACGUCUGUCCUGGUGGUGGCCGUGCUCGUCUUCAUCAUGCUCAUGGUGCUGAAGAGGAGGCGGAGGGAGCAGAGGCUCAAGAGGCUCAGAGAUGCCAAGAGCCUGGCAGAAAUGCUGAUGAGCAAGAACACUCGCACUCCAGACACGGUGAACAAGCAGCAGCAGACGUUACGGAUGCACAUCGACAUCCCCCGAGCCCAGCUGCUCAUCGAGGAGCGGGACACCAUGGAGACAAUCGAUGACAGGUCCACUGUGCUGUUGACAGACAAUGACUUCGGGGAUACGAACAAGCAGAAGUCGUCCACGGUGACGCACACGGUCCACUACCAGUCUCUGUCCCAGGCCACCGGGCCGCUGGUGGACGUGUCCGACGCCAGGCCCGGAACCAACCCCACUGCCAGACGCACUGCCAAAGCCGGUCCUGCCGCGACGCGGAGCCGAUACGCCAGCCAGUGGACGCUGAACCGGCCACACCCCACCAGCUCCUCCCACACGCUGACCACCGACUGGAGGCUGCCGACGCCCCGAGCCACCGGGUCCGUGGACAAGGAGAGCGACAGCUACAGCGUCAGCCCCUCACAGGACACAGAUCGUGCGAGGAGCAGCAUGGUUUCCACAGAGAGUGCGUCCUCCACCUACGAGGAGCUUGCCAGAGCCUACGAGCACGCCAAGAUGGAGGAGCAGCUCCGCCACGCCAAGUUCACCAUCACCGAGUGCUUCAUCUCCGACACUUCCUCCGAGCAGAUGACAGCAGGGACCAACGACUACACCGACAGCGUGGCCUCCAGCACGCCGUCCGAGUCCGGCAUCUGCCGCUUCACCGCCUCGCCGCCCAAACCUCAGGACGUCAGUCGGGUCAUGACCAUGGCCGUGCCCAAGGCCCACAGACCUGCAGGAGAGCUGGUCCACCUGCCUCCUUACCUUCGUAUGGACUUCCUGUUGAACCGGGGCGUGCCGCCUCGAGGUGGAGGCGUCAGCUGCAGCAGCGGCAGCAGCAUAGGAGCAGGAGGAGGAGGAGGAGGAGGAGGAGGAGGAGGAGGGGGGGGAGGAGGAAGUGGUGCAUCGGGGGAGACGAGAGGAGUGGGAGGAGGAGCCAUGGGCCAGACCUGCCUGGAGCCCCAGAGGAGCCGCACCCUGAAGAGGCCCCCUCCCAUGGAGCCCACCCCGAUGGAAGUGCCGUCACCCAGGGAGGUGCAGCAGUGGCAGCCAGGAACCGCCUCCACCCUCCCCCACAGGGAUGCCCGGGAGAGGGGGGAGGCGCGGGGGGAGGUCCGGGCGGACGCUCCCUCCUCGGGGGACCUGGCCCAAGCACAGGCUGCCAAGCUCAGCACCUCCCAGGAGUCCCUGCUGGACUCCAGAGGACACCUGAAACAGAGCAACAACCCCUACGCCAAGUCCUACACUCUGGUAUAACACUGGGCCACACGGACUGCUGCACACGGAGACAGAGACACAGGGAGACAGUUUACCGCAACAGAACAUGUUGUACAUAGAGCCGUUUCCGACAUGCGUCUGAAGUGGAUGCUUUUCUUUCUUUCACUCUUUUCUUUCCUUCCUCUCUCGCUCUUCUCUGUUGCUUUUCAUCUCUCGCUCCUUCGCUCCUCUCCUGAUCAGUUUUCUCUCACAGCUUUUAUUUUCUACUCAAGUAUUCUUUUAUUCUAAAGUGACGACAUGUGAGAAUUGCCAAAAUGAUUUAUUUAAAAUUUGAGAAAGAGAAAAAAUUACCUAUGAAUUUAUAUCAAGGACAAUUAUAGUCAUUAUUAUUAUAUUAAAAAAAGAAAAUAUCUUUUAAAAAAACAAGAAGAAGGGAGAGGGAGGAGGAGGACUCUGCAAGAGAUCGUUGCUUUCUUAAUUUAUUUUUUAUUUUAUUGUCGCAGUGUGAUGGAAUCUGUGAUUUGGCAGUUUUUAGCACCACGAGGAGCCGACAGAGGAGACGAGCGCCAAUGCUGACCAAGCGUAAUGUUUUUCAACCUUUCCGACGACUGCAUGGCGACUGAACAAAUGACAAUUAAUAGGAAUGGCUGGAAAUCCAAAAAAAAAAAUGAAAAAAAAAGAGAAUUUUUUUGUCACACUAUGAAAUUAUACAAUGUGAAUAUAUAUAAAGAGAUCACUUUUAUUUGUGGAUAUUACGGGGGAAAUGAUUUGGUUAAUAAAGUCCUUAGUCAUGUUUGCACA